UUUUCAUCCCGGAACUUCGAUGCGUUGGCUAUGAAAGAGACAAAGGUCCGAAGUGCUAUGCUAAAGAUCCUGGAGACAAAUUUCAUCAAUGCAGACGCAUACCGAGAGCAUGACAAGAAUCGUCUGUACAACUCCAUAACACUUUUAGGCGAAUACUAUCAUCGCGUUCGUUUGGCCAACAAUGCACCUAUUACAAUUUUGGGUGAAUCGCUGCUCAAUCUACUUACAAGGGAGAUCAAUGACACCUCAUUGGUAAUAAAUACUCGAUUGGCGCGUUUGAUUUUAUCACAGAUUACGCUUAAUGGCGAGAUAAUGCGCUCGCGCCAUAAGGUAGAAAUUGACCAACUACUGUACCAUAUUAGACGCCACCUGAUAAUGCAACCGGUGCUAACGCCUAAAGUAAAAGCUAUGCUGCUUAUGGUGUUGGAUUUGUUCUACAGCCAUUUUAAGCACAUUGGCUUCGAGUUGGAGGCAAUGUACUCAGACUACCUGGUUGCUGAGAGUGCGGAAGACGAUGGUAUUAAUAACAAUAGUGUAGCUGUGCAGCCGCAGACUCAGUACCAGCAGCAACAAGAGUCUCAAAGUGCGUAUAUAGAAGGACAUGGGAGAAGUAACACUGAUAAUGCCAGCCAAACAAAUAAGUCCACCCACGAUUCUUUUGAGAAAUGGAUCGAGCAAGUCUGUGAAGAUUCGCUCUGCGAUAUUGGUUUUGGCGAGGCGGAUAUUGGUAGUGGUGAUCUUUACAGUCAAGUCGAGCACGAACAAGCACGAGAAAGCAACAGAAAUUCAAGUAACGAAGGAGGCGUGAAUCGCCAAAGCCGACGCCCAUAUCAGCCGCGCACAUCACCGCGUCCUUUGAAACACCCUCAGGUGGCCAAUGAAGACCGCUCCGAAGGACUCGAUCAAUACGCGUCUGUGGGAAACAGUGAAGAUCGUGAUAAGACUAAGCCUUCACCUAGCUGGCGCAAGACUCGUUUUAAUCGCCCCAUCGAUGGUGAUAAUCAAAACGGACGUUCGAGCAACCAACAACGUCGCUAUAGCGCCAGCUUCGAUGACGACCACCACAUCGUGCGUAGCGAUGGCGGUAAUUUACGUCUAUAUACCAUACACGAUCGUCGUAAGCAUUCCCAGGAACGUUAUGAGAGGAAUCUUGGCAGCAACAAUUACAGCAGCAUUGUGAACUCCAAUUGGGACCAACGGGAUGAUCGCAGCGAACGCCCAUAUAUUAGCAAUUAUGAGCCUGGCAAUUAUAAGCGCGGAGGGCGCUUUCACAAUCGUAAUACGUACGAUAAGUCACCACGGUUCCAAAAGCAGCAGCAAUAGCAACAUCACUCACCGUGGCGUCGCUAAAAUACGUCCAUAAACAAUUCUUAUCAGGAUAAGAACUGUGCCUACAACUCCAGUGGGCACGAGUCAAAUAGUUGCAGUUCAUCACCAAAAUCACAAAUGUACGAUGGAAAGUCGAAUGCAUCAUAUCGUCAGCGUCAUCGCAAUUUCACGCGACGUUCCCAGCCGCAUAUACACCAACCGAAUGCUGAGAACUGACAGGCCCAGGGAAGCACCAAGGAUGAGACCGAGAUAGUUCGGAAUGCCCAAGAAACCACAAAACACAUGAACUAUUUGUCCGCGAAGAAAUGAGAAAAGGCUCCAGGGCGGCGGGUCCCCGCGGCAAAAGGACACUUCGUCGCAAAAACAAUGAAGCUCAUUCAUCCUUAUAUUUAUUCUGCCUACAAUGUCUUGCACAAUUAAAGAUGCAAUUGAUUUUGAUCAACUUCGGUUUGUGUUGGUUGUGCGAGAAUUUUAUGCAUAUUAAAUGUGCACGAUUAGGUGGCGUGACUUCGACAAAGUUUACUCACCUAAAAAAGGCUGUGGUGGUUUGAGGUGGUCCUGCCCUGUACGCAUUGUCAUCCAAUUUAACGUGUGUAAUAACGUGCGAAAUAAAUUUUUAAAAUUGCAAAAGUUAA